AUGUCCUCCACUGCCACCCUCGUCAACGACGACCGCGACUACUCGUCCGCCAUCGCCAACCUCAAGAUCCGCGACAUCCCGAACAUCCCAGACAUCUCCAAGGUCACUCAAGUCGAACUUGGCUCUUCCCCCGACUCUGACGAGGACGAUGCGGGCGUCAACCCUUUCCAAUACGUCGGAGAAGUGCUCGGUGCCGGACCCGGUCCAAACUACCCCUAUCAAGAUCUUUUGCCCUCCAACCCGACGCGCACCAAGUCCGACCCCCCUCUGGAGCUGCAAGAGUUUUCCGACCGCGGGCUCAAAGCCGACCCCAAUGCUGCCCGCUUGCGCGCAUUCGUCCAAGCUAGAGGAGGCAAGGUCAAGGACCAGCUUAUUGCUAUUGGGACUGUGAUUGAGGGGGAUAUCAAGCUUGAGGAGCUUGGUGAAGCUGAGAGGGACGAUCUUGCUUUGCUCGUUGCCCAGCGGGGUGUUGUCUUCUUCCGAAACCAACACACAAUGACUAUCGACCAGCAACGCGAGCUCGGUGCGCACUGGGGUCCUCUCCACAAACACGCAACCUACGCCGUCCCCCGCCGAGGCGACCUCGACGACGUCGUCGUUGUGUACGCAGACCACGACUCCCGCCCCGACCUCUACGCCUUCUCCCGCGCCGAGUUGUUCCACUCCGACGUCACCUACGAACUCCAACCCCCCGGCACCACCAUCCUCCGCCUCCUCACUACCCCCGAAGUCGGGAACGACACCCUCUGGUCCUCUGGCUACGCCGUUUACUCUUCCCUCUCCAAGCCUUUCCAAAAGUACCUCGAGAGUCUGUCUGCUAUUCAUUCUGGGUUUGACCAGGCGAGCUCGAGGACGGGAAUUACAAAGAUCCCGAGGCGGGAACCGAUCGAGACGGUCCACCCCGUCGUCCGUGUCCACCCUGCAACAGGGCAGAAGAGCGUCUUCGUCAACCCCGGCUUUGUCACCCGCCUCGUCGGCGUCCCCAAAGCCGAAUCCGACACCAUCCUCGCCUUCCUCAAAGACUCCUUUGCCCAACAAACCGACGCCACCGUCCGCUGGUCAUGGCAAGCAGGCGACGUCGCCAUCUGGGACAACCGUAUCGUCAACCAUUCAGCUACUUUUGACGCUUAUCCUUCGCUCCGGCACGGGACGAGGGUGACGCCGAUUGGGGAGAAGCCGAUGGGGGUGGAAGAGUAUGAGGAGAGGACGGGGGAGAAGGCGAAGGAUUGGUUGGAGGAGAGGUUUAGGAAGCUUGGGAUUAGGGGGCCGGCGAAGGAUGAUGGGAGGACGAAGCAGAGGGCUGUUAGGGAUUAG